AUGACUUUAAGACGGGCUGUAUUCUUCUGUGUAGUUUGUCUGUUGAUGUCGGUUAACGGGAGCAGGAGGAAACGCGCGCGCUGUCCCGCAUCAUGUACCUGCAGUAAAGAUAACGCAUUGUGUGCCGAUACUGGUUCGAUACCGAGGAGCUUCCCACCAGAUUUCCUCUCGCUAUCAUUUGUGAAGUCGAGCUUUGAUGAAAUCCCAAAAGAGAGUUUUAUUCACACUCCAGCUCUCCAUCUUCUUCUUUUUACAGCAAAUACUUUUGACUCUAUAAAUGAAGAUGCUUUUCUUGGGCUUCCUCAUUUGGAGUAUCUAUUAAUUGAAAAUAGCCAAAUCAAGUCCAUAUCACCCUUCGUCUUUAGAGGGCUAAAGUCCUUAAUACACAUAAGUCUGGCAUUCAAUAAUUUGGAGACACUACCGAAAGAUCUUUUCAAAGGAAUGGAAGCUUUAACUAAAUUGGAUCUUCGAGGAAAUCUCUUCAGCUGUGACUGUAAAUUGAAGUGGUUGGUUGAAUGGAUGUACCAUACAAAUGCAACAGUGGAUCAGAUCUACUGCAAUGGCCCUGAAGCUUACAAGGGCAAGAAAAUCAACGAUCUCACACCUCAGUCAUUUGAUUGUAUAACAACAGAUUUUUCCUUGCUGAAGUCCCUUUAA